AUGGACUCACCACGCAGCCACCUGGGCUCGCCGGGCGGGCCCCUCAAUCCAAUAACGCCCGACCGCGCCAACCGCGAGUCUACCUUUAUGGCGUCGCUGCGAAGUGACCUCCGCUCCAGCCCUGUCCACGAUAAGAUCAGCCAGUUCAACACCCUCGCCAUGCAGUCCAAGUCGCUCGAGCGCAAGACGGCCGACGCCGCCCUCAAGCGAGCCAUGCUCGGCCGCGAGGAGGCCGAGGGCGAGAUGCGUCGCUACCGAGACGAGACCAAGGUCCUGCGUGUCCAGCUCGAAAAGGCCCGCGACCGCGAGAUGCGCGUCAGCGAGCGCCUCGAGGCUGUCAUGGUACGCUCCCUCCCUCUCUCUCUCUGUCUCUCCAAAACUCUCUCUCUUCAAAAAGAAUAUCUCUAG